CAGGUCCACCUCCUCCUCUUCCUCCUCUGCAACCGUCGGGCAUGGAUGCUCCUCCCAACUCAAUGACCAGCUCUGUGCCCACCAUCGUCACUUCUGGGAUGCGCUCCUCACUCCCCCAGGCCGCCCUGCCACUCUUCCUUCCUGACAACUAUGAAACGGAUGUGUACAACCCUGAAACGGAUGUGUACAACCCUGAGGCUCCCAGCAUCACCAAUACCUCCAGGCCGAUGUACCGCCAUCGGGUCAACGCACAGAGACCCAACCUGAUUGGCCUCACAAUGGGGGAGGUGGACAAUCCACCCAGAGACAAGAUCCCGAACAACAUGAGGGUCGUUAUGGAGUCUAAUGCGAGGAAGAGACCGCCUCUCUCCCACGAUGGAGGCCUCCCCCCCAAGAAACCUUGGUUUGACAAACCCAACUUUAACCAACCCAACCACCAGGGUUAUCACAACAGAGUCCCAUUCUCUGCCAACGCCAAGCUGCUGGUUCGACAAAUUCCUUCGGAGCUCAACAACAUCAGCAAACUCAAUGAACAUUUCAGCAAGUUCGGCACCAUUGUCAACCUACAGGUGGCCUUCCAGAAUGACCCGGAGGGCGCUCUGAUCCAGUUUGCCUCUCCAGACGAGGCUAAGCGCGCUAUGCAAAGCCCAGAGGCGGUCCUCAACAACCGCUUCAUCAGGGUGCACUGGUAUCGAGAGGAGGGGGGUGAUGGCCUGUCUCACCCCCAUCAGCAGCCUCAACCACAACCAGCCAUGCCCUCGGCCACGUCUCUUAAGCAGUCCGUCAAAGAUCGCCUCGGCCCCAUGCUCAACUCUGAGCCCUCCCAAGACUCCAGCGUAGCCUCUCAGAAUUCCUCUAAGAUGUCAGUGAAAGACCGCCUGGGUUUCUCUGCCCAACCAGCAGCUCCUGCGGAGAAAGUGUUUUCCACAUCUUUGGGGCUCACAAAGACGGUAUACAAUCCUGCUGCCCUGAAGGCGGCACAGAAAAACUCAGAGGAAGCCCUGAAGAAGAAACAGGAAGCUCUAAGACUACAGCAGGAUGUACGGAAGAAGAAGCACGAAAUACUGGAGAAACACAUUGAGACACAGAAGCUCCUGAUUUCCAAAGUGGAGAAGAACAAAGCAAUAAAGGCAGAGGAUAGAGCCAAGAUCAUGGAAACGUUGGGCAUGAUAACCAAGAGGAUCACCAAACUGCAAGAGGAGAUAAAAGGAAUCUCGAGCAGCAACAACCCGCUGCGCACAGCCAAGAGCAGAGCCCAGGCACAGAAGGAGCUGCUGGACACAGAGUUGGACUUGUACAAUAAGACCCAGACGGGACAGGACACUGCUCUGCUGAAGAUCAAGUACACCCAGCUUCAAAUUGAGGCGGCUAGACGGGGCAUCCUGUCACCAGGACGAGGCCGGGGGGUCCUCACCCGGGGCCGCGGCGCUCUCAGGGCCCGGGGGAGGGGCUCCAGGGGACGGGGAAGAGGCGUGCACGCAGUCGUGGACUACCGGCCACGGGCGCUUGAGAUUUGUGGUUUCACCGAGGCAGACCAUGUCGACCUGCUGCCACACUUUGCUCAAUUUGGAGAGAUCGAAGAUUGCCACAUAGAUGAAAACACGCUGUCUGCAGUCAUCUCUUACAGGACAAGAGGCGAGGCAGAACAGGCGGCUCUUCAUGGAGUGAGGUUCAACAACCAGACUUUACGCCUGGCCUGGCACAAGGCCGUGAAGACUCUCAGUGCUGCUCACGCUGAUGAGGCAGAACAAGAGGAUGAUGAGUACCCGGAAGAGUCUCUGAGUGAUGAUGCACUGCUGCAGGAUGAUGAUGAGGAAGAGGACGACAACGAGCCUCGCUCCUGGCGCAGAUGAAGAUCAGACCGACGCGCCUGGUGUGAAGGACGAGCGGCAAUCCAGCAACUUUAUUAAAUGCCUGGUCAUAAAACGACCAGGCACAUUUUUACUUUGGCUAGACUUUGUUUUCCUCCUCACAAAUGUGUAACUGGCAGCAGAACCAUGUGCAAGUUUGAUUCAUUUUAACGUGUAUACCAGAUGCAACAAUGUUGAUUUUUUUUUUUUAAUGCUCUUAAUAUAGAAUUUGUUGUUGUUUUCAGUUAACCGAACAAAUACUUUGUCAGGACAUUUGAUAGCUUAUCACCUUGAGACACCUUUGUUGAACUCAGCGUAGGCAAACACCUUGUUGUAAUUGAUUGACUGUAGCUUUUGCAGAAUAGUAUUAGGUUGACUGGUUUGAAUUCUCAUGUGUAAAUAUUUUAUGCCCUGGUUUAAAUGAUUUGUAUGAAAGCUUGGCUUCUCAGUUUUUGGCUUUUCUUUGAAUUGUACAAAAAAUAAAGAAUUGAAAUGGUCUGAAAACAUCCUGCCAAAAAAAACAAAAAAACAAUCUAAAUGCUCUGGCAGUGAAAAAAAAACUAAAGAGCGGAAAAAGACCAUUUCAAAAAACAAAAAAACUUCCUAUUCCCCUAAAGAGCAAACUUCCUAAAAAAUUCCUACUUCUACAACUUUUUCCUCUUUCUUUUUUGGAUGGGUAAGGUAAGCUUAUGUAUCGCACUGAUUUUCAUAAGAAGGUAAAGACAUGACAUUUUAAGAGUAUAUUUUUGCAAAAUGUUUACAUUUCCUCUGUAUUUAUUGCUAAGCAUCACACACAUUUGCACAGACUUGAAUAUACAAAAAUAACUAAGAGCGUUUUUGUUUUUGUUGCAGGAGCUGUCUACAGUAUCCAGAUACAACACUUGUCUCCAAGAGGCUUCACCAUUUUACAACAUUAAUUUGUAUUACUGUCAAAGCAUUGUCUUACAUGCAGCUGAUGUAUUAAAAUAGGCCUACCUGUUUUCUAAUGAAACGUUGAUAAAUGUUUCUGGCAUUUU